ACGGCACGCAGGCGCACUGGCUUCCAGCUGUAGGCGCUCGGGUUCAGGGCGCCGAGGGCCGAGGUCUUUUUUCCUGAACCCGUUCUUCGGCAGCAGCCGCACCGUCUGCUUUCCGGCCAGGCCCCCGCAGCCCCCAUCCUGGUCAGGGGUUUCGGAGCUGCUGGGCGGGAGCCAGCGUCUCUUCCUCCGUCUCGGGCGGAGGCCUCGUCGCUGCGGGCCAGGCCCCAGGGCGCCCCCCAUGGCGGGACAGCUGGUGGAGGUCGAUGGCGGCAUCAUGGAAGGGGGCGGCCAGAUCCUGAGGGUGUCCUCGGCCCUGAGCUGUCUGCUGGGCCUCCCUCUGCGGGUGCAGAAGAUCCGCGCCGGCCGCAGCACGCCAGGCCUGAGGCCUCAACAUUUAUCUGGACUGGAAAUGAUUCGAGAUUUGUGUGAUGGGCAACUGGAGGGGGCAGAAAUCGGAUCAACAGAAAUAAUGUUUAUACCAAAGAAGAUCAAAGGUGGAAUCCACACAGCUGAUACCAAGACAGCAGGGAGUGUGUGCCUCUUGAUGCAGGUCUCAAUGCCAUGUGUUCUGUUUGCUGCUUCUCCAUCAGAACUUCAUUUGAAAGGUGGAACUAAUGCUGAGAUGGCCCCACAGAUUGAUUACACAGCGAUGGUUUUCAAGCCAAUUGUUGAAAAAUUUGGUUUCAGAUUUAACUGUGACAUUAAAAUGAGGGGUUACUACCCAAAAGGAGGUGGCGAAGUGAUUGUCCGAAUGUCACCGAUUAAACAAUUGAACUCGAUAAAUUUAACUGACCGUGGCUCUGUGACUAAGAUAUAUGGAAGAGCUUUUGUUGCUGGUGUUUUGCCAUUUAAAGUAGCAAAAGAUAUGGCGGCGGCAGCUGUCCGAUGCAUCAGAAAGGAGAUUAGGGAUCUGUAUGUUAAUAUCCAGCCGGUUCAGGAAACUAAAGACCAAGCUUUUGGCAAUGGAAAUGGAAUAAUCAUUAUUGCUGAGACAUCCACUGGCUGUUUGUUUGCUGGGUCAUCGCUUGGUAAACGAGGUAUACAUGUUGCACGUAGUGUCACUUUGUCCGUUACUGGUAAAGCUGCCUGUGAUCACUUGGUUAAGCUGAUUAUUUUCAUGGCAUUAGCCAGUGGAGUUUCCAGAAUAAAAACAGGACCAGUUACACUCCAUACACAAACGGCUAUACAUUUUGCUGAACAAUUAGCAAAGGCUAAAUUUACUGUGAAGAAGUCAGAUGAUGAAGAAGAUGCCUCUAAAGAUGCUUAUAUUAUUGAGUGCCAAGGAAUUGGGAUGACAAAUCCAAAUCUAUAGGGUGUUUCCAGAAGAGACUGUUAUUUGAAUUGGUGAACUGAGUAAAGAAGAUGGCCGUUCCCAAUGUGGUGGGCCUCAUCCAAUCCUUUGAAGACAUGAAUAGAACAAAAAGGAGGUAGAAGGUUGAAUUCCCUCUAUGUGACUGGGAUGUCAGUCUUCUGCCCCUGGUGCAUUUGGUUCGCAGGCCUUCAGACCCAGACUGGAGUCUUGGACCAUUGGCUCUCCAGCUCUCGGGCCUUCAAACUAUACCACUGGCCUUCCUGGGUCCCCAGCUUCAGAUGGCAGAUCCUGGGACUUUUCAGCCUCCAUAAUCACAUGAAGCAAUACUUACAAUAAAUGUAUAUCUCACAUAGGUAGAUAGAUAUAGAUAUGUAGAUAUAUCUCCUAUUGGUUCUAUUUCUCUGGAGGACUCUCACUAAUACAAGUGGUGUUACCAGAACCUGCAAGGUUGAAGGAGGGUUUCUCUGGGACUGAUGACAAAAUCUUUUAAGAAGGGGUAUUUUUUAGCUGCUGAUCAGACCCCAGGAGCAUUGCAGCUGGUACUUAGACUUGUAAGGGAGGGGGAUGCAACCUGGCAGUGCUUGGAUAGUAUAAGUGGCAUGUCCAGCAGGUGAGUAACACAGUGGGCCUAACAUUCCUCCUGCCAAGAGGACAGAGCAGGGAAUGGGACAGAGCCAGCUGGAAGAAGCUCAGAGCUAGUUUGCUACUGCUAGAGCAGUCCUGACAAGAACUGGGGGCUGGAAGUGUCCUUUCUCCCUCUUCAAGCUCUACCCAGGCCUUCCCUUCUGCAGAACCUAACCAGAAGCCAAUUGGUGAGGGAGUCUGGGAAUUAUAAUUCACACACACAAACAUCAUGAAUAAAAGGGGGGUGCUUGGAGCUGAGAGACAGUAAAUAGCCAGUAGAAUCUAUCCUUUUGGUCAUUCAGCGUCCAUUUGUGUACUUGUAGCUUACAAAAGCGGUAAUACCUUUUUGCUUUUGUCUUACACUAUAAAACUAUUCUCUUUUACAAAGAUAUUUCAUCCUUUUUCUCAAAAGAGAGGCCCCAAAUCCCAGUAGUCACCAUGGCCAUCCCUAGGUGAUGUUAUUGUCUAUUUUACUCAGUUCCACCUAUUCUGUGACAUACAGACUCAAUUGCAAAGUUAAUAACCAGUAAUAGUCCUUAUAUAAAAUAGAGAGGAAGGAUAAAGGGGAGAGGAAAACUAAGUAAGUAUACAUCACUGUAUACAUGACAGGCAAGGAAGAAAGCUUGCAUAACGGCUACAGUUCUGUGUACUCAUAUCUGCUACAGAUGCUGUGUUCCCUUUACCUUCACCUGGCAUUGCAGCUAGUCAGGAUUCUUUUCCUGGGGGCAGUAAUCCAAACCUUCACUCCCAGAGGGUCUAAAUCAUAGUGGUGUCUUCAGUGUGUUGCUGUAGUUUUGUCUUAACUCUUACUGUAGGGCUUGAGAGUACUCAGAGGUACCUCAGAGAAUGCCUUAGGUUCUAGACAUGGUAAUCCUCUCUACCUCCAGUAUUAUAGACAUUCAACUUACCCUUAAUAACUGGAAGCAAUUGCCCCAACAACAACAAAAAAUCCCUUCUUGGUUAUUUCAAUGCAGGAUAAGCUCCAUACGGCCAGUCUGAGUCUCAUCUUCCUAUUCAUUUGAGCCAUUGUGACAUCUGGUGGAAACAUUACUCCUUUGGGAAUGAAAACCCCUAAGUUAACAGUAAUCAAAGUUAUAGGGAUGGGAAACAAAAUCUGGGGGGUUGUAAUUAACUAAUAGUGGUGGAGCCAUUUCCACUUCUAUCCAUUUAAUACCCCCAUAUAUUCUGGCUAUGAGAAAAAGAAUACCAUGUAUUAGUCCCUGGUCCCAAGAAUAGCCCACAUCUUAUAGGAUAGUGCUAUAACCUUUAAGAGUGGUGCUUCCCCACUGGCACUGUAACUCAAUCUUCAAUUGUUUUGCCAGCCCUGUUGCUUCUGAGGGAUGUCAUACCUGGCAAGACCAGUACAUUCUUGGGAAUGAGAUCACUGGUAUAAUUCUUUAGCUGGGAAAAGAGUUCCUAGAUCUGAAACAUAUUAUGUAGAACAUCUGUAAGUCAUAUUAUCUGUUAAUGCAUAGAAGAUUGCUUCAGAACUUAACAGCUUAAAGCAACAAACAUUAUUUCACAGUUUCUUUUGGUUAGGAUACAGGAACAGCUUAGCUGAGUGGUUCUGGCUUAUGAUAUCUCAUGAGGUUGCAAUCAGUCCAAGCCACUGGGUAGAACUACAUUCAUCUCAAGACUUGGAUGGUAUUGAAGGAUCCACUUCCAACCUCACUCAGGUUAGCAAGCUUCAGCUCCUCCCAAGCUGGUAAACUCAGCUUCAGUUACUUGCUGUGCUACAUGGCCCUUUCCACAGGGCUUCUCAUAACAAGACAGUUUGCUUUCCCCAGUGUGAGUGGAGAGAGGGAACAAAAGAGAGAGUGAGCAAGAGAAAGCCCCCAAAAUGGAAGCCGCAUUUGGUAACCUAUCUCAGAAGUGAUAACCCAUCUCUUACGCCAUACUCUGCUCAUUAGAAGCAAGCCGCUAGUCUAGCUUAUACCCAAAGGGACGGAAGUAUUCAAGGUCAUGAGUAGCAGAAGGUGGGGCUCAUUGGAGACCUUUUGGAGGAUGCCUACAACAGUCAUAGUAACAAACACAGACCAUUAGGGUUUUGGAAUAAAUAACUAUUAUUUUCAGAA